AUGCGGCCUCUUCACGCUUGGUCUACCCCGACGUCUGUCCCCUCCCGUCCCAUCCCAUCCCCCCGCAGCAGCAGCCCCGGGCACCAGAUUGUGGCCAUCGCUCGAGAGCGUGUGAAGACGCCACAUCACAUCAGCAUCAUCAACCGGGGUAUAAACAAACGGGACGGGCGCACUCACGCGGACAUGCGCUCCCGCGAGGGCGUCUAUCAUCAACGCAGAGCCUGUUUACAAAACCACAGAGCCACCAGGUAG